UUGCCAACUCUCUCCCUCGGAAAAGAAAUAACCAUGGCGGUGAACAUAACCUCCAUCAAAACCUCCUCCAACGGAGCAUGGCAAGGCGACAAUCCCCUCGACUUCGCCUUCCCGCUCCUCAUCCUCCAGACCAUCUUGAUCCUCGCCGUCAGCCGCUCCCUCGCCUUCCUCCUCAAGCCCCUCCGCCAGCCCAAGGUCAUCGCCGAGAUCGUCGGCGGGAUCCUCCUGGGCCCGUCGGCGUUCGGCCGGAACCACCACUACAUGCACCGGGUCUUCCCCAAGUGGAGCGCCCCGAUCCUCGAGUCCGUCGCCAGCAUCGGCCUCCUCUUCUUCCUCUUCCUCGUCGGCCUCGAGCUCGACCUCUCCUCCAUCCGCCGCAGCGGCAGCCGCGCCUUCGGCAUCGCCGCCGCCGGGAUCACCCUCCCCUUCGUCUGCGGGAUCGGGGUCGCCUUCGUCCUCCGCAGCACCAUCGCCGGCGAGGACCAGGUCGGCUACGGCCAGUUCAUCGUCUUCAUGGGCGUCGCCCUCUCCAUCACCGCGUUCCCCGUCCUCGCCCGCAUCCUCGCCGAGCUCAAGCUCCUCACCACGCGCGUCGGGGAGACGGCCAUGGCGGCCGCCGCUUUCAACGACGUCGCCGCGUGGAUCCUACUCGCCCUCGCCGUGGCCCUCGCUGGGGACGGCGUCCCCGGUGGGCCCCACAAGAGCCCAUUGGUAUCCGUGUGGGUCAUGCUGUCGGGCCUGGGCUUCGUCGGGUUCAUGAUGCUCGCGGUCCGGCCCGCGAUGAGGUGGGUCGCGGGCCGGUGCUCGUCGGAGCACGACGCCGUGGACGAGGCCUACAUCUGCCUGACCCUGGCCGGGGUGAUGGCGUCGGGUUUCGUGACGGAUCUCAUCGGGAUCCACGCCAUAUUCGGGGCGUUUGUGUUCGGGUUGACUAUUCCCAAAGGCGGCGCGUUUGCGGAGCGGUUGAUGGAGCGGAUCGAGGAUUUUGUCUCGGGAUUGCUGCUUCCGCUUUAUUUCGCGUCCAGUGGGCUCAAGACCGACGUGGCGUCGAUACGUGGCGGGAAGUCGUGGGGCCUGCUCGCGCUGGUGAUCACCACGGCCUGCGCCGGGAAGAUAUUGGGGACGUUCGCGGUGGCGAUGAUGUACAUGAUUCCGGCGAGGGAGGCGCUGGUUUUGGGCUUGUUGAUGAAUACCAAGGGAUUGGUGGAACUCAUCGUGCUCAACAUUGGCAAGGAGAAAAAGGUGCUUAAUGACGAGACGUUUGCCAUUCUAGUCCUAAUGGCACUCUUCACCACCUUCAUCACCACCCCAACCGUCAUGCUCAUCUACAAACCCGCCCGCCACGGCGGCGGCGCCGCCGCCUCCUCCUCCUCCCACUCCGGCACCCCGCGCCGGAAGCUCGGCGACCUGACCGCCACCAAGGAAUCCAAAGACGAGCUCCGGAUGCUGGCCUGCCUCCACGGCCCCGGGAACGUGCCAUCUCUAAUCACCCUCGUCGAGUCCAUCCGCAGCACCAAGAUCUCCCAGCUCAAGCUCUUCGUCAUGCACCUCGUCGAGCUCACCGAGCGCUCCUCCUCCAUCAUCAUGGUCCAGCGGGCCCGCAAGAACGGCUUCCCCUUCUUCAACCGCCGCCGCGGCGGCCGAUGGCACGACAGGCUCUCGGGGGCCUUCCAGGCCUACAGCCAGCUGGGCCGCGUCAAGGUCCGGCCCACCACCGCCAUCUCGGCCCUGGCCACCAUGCACGAGGACAUCUGCCACGUGGCGGAGACCAAGCGCGUGGCAGUCAUCAUCCUCCCCUUCCACAAGCAGUACUGGGGCGACGACUCGGUCGAGAACGUGGGCCACGGCUGGCGCGGGGUCAACCAGCGGGUCCUGAAGCACGCGCCGUGCUCGGUCGGGCUGCUCGUGGAUCGCGGGCUGGGCCAGGCUUCCCGGCCCAAUCCGAGCCAGCGGGUUUGCGUUUUGUUUUUCGGUGGGCCUGAUGACCGCGAGGCCCUGGAGCUGGGCGGGAGGAUGGCCGAGCAUCCGGCCGUUAAAGUGACGGUCGUUAGGUUCGUUGAGAGAGAAGAGGCGGACGGCGUCAGCAAGGCCGUCACGCUGCGACCCUCGCCGUCGAAGUCACCCGAGCAGAACUAUAGCUUCUCCACCGCCGAACUAGACGAGGCGGCGUUGGGGGAGCUGCGAAGCAAAUGGGAGGAGGCAGUGGAGUACAAGGAGAAGGUGGCGAGCAGCAACGUGACGGAAGGAGUGGUGGCGUUGGGGAGGAGCGGAGAUUACGAUCUGAUGGUGGUGGGGAAAGGUAGGUUCCCGUCGGCGAUGGUGGCGGAAAUAGCGGACCGGCAGGCGGAGCAUGCCGAGCUGGGGCCGAUAGGCGAUGUGCUGGCGUCGGAUAGGAACGGCGUCGUUUCGUCGGUGCUUGUGAUUCAGCAGCAUGACGUGGCACAUGCGGAGGAGGUGCCGGUGGUGAAAGUUGUGGACAAUGGUGGUGGUGGUGGGUCGUCGUCGGCGGCGGCGGCGGCGACGACGGGAGAGAUGGGCGAUAGUGUUGUGUGAUGAACUACUGAUUAUGAUUAAUAAUUACCUAGCUAGUGGCAAUCAGAUAUAUUCAGGGUUUUCAAGUGUAAAUUUUUAUAAAUAAAACAUGUUGUAAUUAACUAAUUAUAUAUAUAAAUAUUAAUGUGUGUAUGAUAAUGAUAUUGCUUCAAAUUAUAAAAGGAGUGCGGAGUCGUCGUUUUCCCAAGA